GGGAAAAGGGAAACUUCCUUUGCCACGAUCCAGAGCAAUCCGUCUAUUUUCGCAGAGCAAAACACAAGCCUUCCAAAUGAGCCUCAAGUCACAGAUUCUAGGUUUGUGCAUCCCGCCGAGGUCAGAUGGCUUAAUCAGACAUGGUUGGGGAGACUCCCUCACACCUUCCCACGGUGCUUCUGUUCCAAAGGCCUGCGAGAGGACGUGGACAGGGCUGCUUCCCACGGCGGGCACGGCUGCGUGGCAGCCCCACGCGGCGUUCGCGGCUCCAGUGGGUCCAGCGCGCUGCGCGGGCCGCUUCCAGCCCGAGCCGGGAGGCGGACGGUGCGGGCUGCUGGCCAACUGGGGAUGCGAGGGCAUCCGUGCGGCAGCGACCGGGCCCCGUCCAAUGACCACAUGGACUUUUCCUGAUCCUGGACUGUGGGCGGCUGGGGAGCGCUCGCUGGGAUGCAGCCUCGGAGGCUCCGGCUCGCCCAGCUGUGUCCUCUCGGCGCCGGAGCCCUGACACAGCUGGAUUCGCUUAGCUGCUCUGCUAGGAUUCGGAGCCAAUUCAGCCGCGUUUGAAAAGGGCCACUGAAAAGUCAGGAAAGGUUGAAAUCGGAUUUUCCACGGAUUCCUACUUGCAACGUCAAAUAAUAUCGGGAAACAUCGCCACCAAACAAGUAUGAGGAUAUUAUAGUGGAGAAGCAAUUAACCCCUCCCCAAAUACAAGGCGCCCGGGCAAAGGUGAGACCGGAAGGCAAGGAAGCCCUUUGGAGGAGAGCGAUCUGGGGAGCGGCUGCAGGUGGGGUCCCAGCCCCCGAGCUUCAGUACCGGAGGGGAUGGACAGCGUCUCCAGCCUGGGCUGCAGCCUCCGAGACCGAACUGCGCCGCCGCGGCCCCUGCUGCUGUCCUUGCCUCCGCCGGCAGCGGGGCUGCCUGCCCCUCGCAUCUAAAAGGCGGCGCCUCCCCAUAACCCCUCGUCCCCCCUCUCCUUCUAAGUAGAGGAAAAACAACAACGCUUCUUACCCACCUGCUACAGCGACCAUACGGGGCUCGGAGGAGUGCUCUUGUUGCACACAUUCAACUCUCGGCAGCAACUUCAAAAAUAAUUCUCCUGGGGGCCUGGGAGACAUGCAAACAGAGGAGUGAAGUCCAAGUUCUUUGAGGCUCUGGGAAGUCAUGGGCUCUGCAGUGAGGAUCGAGGUGCUCAAAGGCCCCCACUUUUUGGAAUAAACAAUGCUCACGAGAGGAGGCCCCUGCUUUUGGAUAUACUGGUAGCUUUGUGAGAGGAGGUUCCAGAACUAUUCAGAAUCCCACGUUAGAGAAACGAACAGGCAUCUAAUUCUUUCAGUGGGCAGACAAUUCUCCAGAAUGUUGUGAUUGCCAGAGGAGUGACUUCUGAUAAAAGAAAAAUACUGCUCUACCUACACUCAAUAAUUUGGUUCUGUACCACUUAUCACAUGAACCCGAGUUAUAGUCUGCCACCUCAGCACGGAUGAGAGGAUGUCUGUGCCCCCCCAGCCUCGGCAGAGUUCCAUGCACAUGACUGAGUCCUUUGCGGUGCCAUAGCACAUGGAUUUCAGGACUGCCUGUGAGGAGACAAAGACAGGGAUUUGUUUGCUGCAGGAUGGCAAUCAGGAGCCUUUCAAAGUCCGGCUGCACCUGGCCAAAGACAUUCUGAUGAUCCAGGAGCAGGAUGUGAUAUGUGUGUCUGGUGAGCCUUUCUAUUCUGGUGAAAGAACGGUGACCAUUAGAAGACAAACUGUAGGAGGAUUUGGAUUAAGCAUAAAGGGGGGAGCGGAACAUAACAUUCCAGUGGUCAUUUCAAAAAUCUCCAAGGAGCAAAGAGCAGAACUUUCGGGGCUGCUCUUCAUCGGGGAUGCGAUCCUACAGAUAAAUGGAAUUAAUGUGAGAAAAUGCAGACAUGAAGAAGUGGUUCAAGUUCUUAGGAAUGCUGGAGAAGAAGUGACCCUAACAGUGUCUUUUUUAAAAAGAGCACCUGCUUUCCUCAAACUCCCACUGAAUGAAGAUUGUGCAUGUGCACCAAGCGACCAGAGUAGUGGCACCUCCUCUCCUCUGUGUGACAGUGGCUUACAUCUCAACUAUCACCCCAAUAAUACAGACACAUUAUCAUGUUCUUCAUGGCCAACUUCUCCAGGCUUGAGAUGGGAAAAGCGGUGGUGUGACCUGAGACUGCUCCCUCUACUUCAUUCUCGCUUCUCUCAGUAUGUGCCCGGGACAGAUUUGAGUCGGCAGAAUGCUUUUCAAGUCAUUGCUGUGGACGGGGUCUGCAGUGGGAUCAUUCAGUGCCUCUCUGCUGACGACUGCAUCGACUGGCUGCAAGCAAUAGCAACUAAUAUUUCAAACCUCACAAAGCACAAUAUUAAAAAAAUCAACAGAAACUUUCCUGUUAACCAGCAGAUCGUCUACAUGGGUUGGUGUGAGGCCCGGGAGCAGGACCCCCUUCAGGACUCGGUGUACUCUCCAAUAUUUCUAGCCCUGAGGGGCUCAUGUCUUUACAAGUUUCUGGCACCUCCAGUAACAACGUGGGAUUGGACCCGAGCAGAGAAAACAUUUUCAGUUUAUGAGAUCAUGUGCAAGAUUCUCAAGGACAGUGACCUCCUGGACCAGCGCAGACACUGUUUCACGGUGCAGUCCGAGUCCGGGGAGGACCUCUACUUCUCGGUGGAGUUAGACUGCGACCUCGCCCAAUGGGAAAGAGCCUUCCAAACAGCAACGUUUCUGGAAGUGGAGCGGAUUCAGUGCAAGACAUAUGCAUGUGUAUUAGAAAGUCAUCUAAUGGGACUCACGAUCGACUUUAGCACAGGAUUUAUCUGCUUUGAUGCUGCGACAAAGGCUGUACUUUGGAGGUAUAAGUUUUCUCAUCUUAAAGGCUCUUCAGAUGACGGCAAGAGCAAAAUCAAAUUUUUGUUUCAGAAUCCAGAUACUAAACAGAUUGAAGCAAAGGAGCUGGAGUUUUCGAAUCUAUUUGCCGUUCUUCACUGCAUUCACUCGUUCUUUGCGGCCAAAGUAGCUUGUCUGGACCCUCUCUUCUUAGGCCAUCAAGCUACUGCCUCUGCUGCCGCCAGUUCUGCUACGAUGAGCAAAGCAAAGUACACGACUUGACACCCUGAGCUUUGUGUGGCCACUUACCAUGACCGUGUACAUAGAUGAACAGCUUCCUCAUUUUAGACCGUGGAGAGACAAUACCAUCAUCAAGUCAAACGGGAACUUGAGCAGGAAAAAAGGGAUCGCCAAAGCAUUUCUCUGUUGGAGGCCGCGGUGAACAGUCCGACAUGAACAGAACAGCUUGUUCUUUCACUCGGCUGACUGGUCACCAGUACACGGCUUUCAUCAGAAGUGGAGAGAAAAGAAGGAACGAUGUGAAUUGUGUAAGUAAUGUAAAAAUUGUAAAUUCUCUAUAAAUAAAAUAAAAAUACCGAUUAAAGGGUUA